GAUGUCGACUGCGUCACGCUCGACGAGGAGCGACAAGGAGAAGAUGUCUCCUCCAGUCAGUGGUGGGACAAACGCUAUCAGUUCGACACGAAGCAACAAGAGAAGGACAAGCAAGAGCGCCGUCUGGCCCUGAAAGAGGGCGAUAUAGGCUACGCGUCUAGAGCGUAUCAGUAUCAUCUUCUAUCUGCCCGUGUUCCUGCAGCUACGCUACCCGCCCCCGGGGUCGCUGGUAGUAACCCGUCGGUAUACAUGGUUGAUGGAGGACUUUGGACCGCUUGCAAGUAAUCUCGUGAAGUAAUGAAGAAAGCUUUCAAUAGUGACAAGUGGGACAAGUUGAGGAUGAACCAUAAGCAGUUCGAAUGGCGAUCUGUUCGGGGAAGCAGCUCCACUUUUGGGGAGGGGUUACCAUACGCGGGUUUGAGUAGGGAAGGAAUUUCCAAGAUGGCGUCGACCUUCUACACGUCUAGCUCGUUGCCGUCAUCAUCAACAUCAUCUAGCGGCAGCACCACUAUCACCGGUACCACUACAAACCCAAAGGAAGACAACAGCAACAUUGCAUCUCCUACUACCAUCCUUGGCAAGCGCUACUUCACCGUCCUCCCCCAUCAAGAUCUUUUCAUCUUCAGACUGUCUACCGGGGUCAUGACGUCUUCUCGGGACAUGCUAGUCUGGGAUACUCUUGCCGAAAAACUCCCCCUGUGCGCGCAAGACAAUGGAUUCCUCGGCUUCACUAACUUUGCAAUCGAAUUUAACCCAGCCUGGGGACAGUCUGAUGCCUACCAAAGCCUCGAUAAAUGUCCGCAGGUUACAAACAUGACAAAGGCCACAGAAGCCCUCGGAGCGUUACACGAACGCAAUUAUUACGGCAAGACCGGAAUUUAUAGACACGACUGCGUUCUGUGGUUUAUCGAUUACCGGCUGGUUCCCAAGCCCAAAGCAGGCACUGCCAGUACCAUCAUCACAACCCCUAUCAUCUCUGACACCUGGGGCACUGCGUCCUGCUCUUCCCAAAUGGUCUUUCACGAUGGAAACGGUGGCCGCUACGUGCCCGUAGAGGAAUGGACGAUGGAUUUCUGGGACUUUAUUGAGCAGACAUACGCUUCUGCGGAGGAGUACUUUUACCCAGAGGGCUCGCUGAAGCCCAUCAAGUAUGAAGAUGGUGGAGAGUACACGGACUCAUGCCGUGAUUUUAUUUGCAAGGCACUCUACCCAUAUUGGUUUGACACGCACGAAGAGUACAUGGACCGGGGUAGUGGGACGCCGCCAGAACAAGAAAUGCCGUGGGCGGCGCAAUGGGGAAUUUUGGCUUAUCUACCGCCUGGGACUGAGGAAGGUACAGGCAUACAUACAUCAUGAGGUAUGCUUGAGAGAGUAGUCUACUGUAUGGAUUCAUUGCGAAAUACAG